CAACUCCCUCAACGGCCCCAUCCCUGCCUCCUUCAGCGGCCUUGCCUCCCUCGCCUAUCUCGACCUGCAGGAAAACGCACUGAGCGAGGCAAUUCCGGAUGCCAUUUCGCUCAUGACCGCUCUUACAAGCCUCUACCUGUCCAGCAACCGGCUCAGUGGAGGCAUUCCCCCGGCCAUCGGCGCCCUCACCUCCCUCCAACAACUAUUUCUGUCCAAGAACAUUCUUGCAGAAAGCAUUCCAACGGAGAUGGGCAAAUUGCUGCAGCUUCAGUCCCUGCACCUUGACAACAACGAGGUGGUGGGCAGCAUUCCCGACGCCCUGAGUGCCCUCACAAACCUGGAUCACUUGUCCAUGGCUGCCAAUCACUUGGUGGGCGCCGUCCCCAACUUCCUCACCUCCUUCGUUUUGCUCACACACCUGUACCUCCACUCUAACCGGCUCGUCGGCUCCAUUCCUGCUCAUCUCAGUAGAUGUGUUCAUAUGGAAGAGCUUUCACUUUCGGACAACUUGCUGACCGGAGAGCUGCCUUCGUCUAUGGGUGCGAUGACCAACCUUCGAAGCCUGGAUCUGAACGACAACAACUUCACUGGCAGCAUCCCUGCAUCCAUAGGCUCUCUUAAGUCGCUCACAUACCUUAACCUCUGCUUAACGAACCUGGCAGGCACUAUCCCAACCACCAUCACCAAACUGAGACACUUAUCCCACCUUGAGUGACCUUCAUAUUCCAACACUCUCUGGCUCUAUCCCUGCUACCAUGGGCUCCAUGCUCAAUCUGCAGAAUCUCUACGUGUACCCCACUGCGACGCCGUGCGGUGCUGGGCGGUGCGAGGUGGUGCAGUACUCAGGCACAGCCUUCUGCCGCGCCUGCACGAAGUUCUGCGACACGUGCACCAAGGUAGCACGCGCCCCUCCAGAGUGCAAGAAGAAGCGCCGUCUGUGCUCGAGCAACUCCUGCCCUGGGCGCAUCUGCAUUCCGUUCAUUCGCAGCUGCAAGGGCUUCAAGUGCAUCUGACUCGCUGGCAAGGGGCCAGCUAGAGUGGCGAGGGCUAC